AUGAUCUUCGGUGGUCUGGAGAUAGUAGCCGGCGGUUACUUCGCCCAUAAAUACUACAAGAACAAGAACGAAAAGAGAAGGCUAGAAGAGGAGGCUCAAACACGGCGAAACAACACGUUUCCAAGUAACAGACCAUCCAGCUAUCCACUUCAGCCACAGUUCCCACCACAAGAGCAUGUUGCUCCACCGCAGAAGUACGCUUGUCAUGCUCCAAUGGCUCUUCGACCACGAUGCCAGGCCCAGCCUCGGCCUCAGCUGAGGCCGAAACCAAGCCAUGCUCAGUCAUUCACCAUACCGCGUCGACCUGUGCCGCAGCGCAAACCAGAGAUCAUUGUGCAGCCGAGCCUCCAGCGUGCUGAUUCUAUGGCAACGCUUUCGCGCAUGCCUAUCGCCAAUGGAUAUCGACCUUCGAAUCUUGUGGAACCGAGUUCACCGCCUCGAUGCAAUGCGACCGAUCUGUCGCCUAUACAGCAGUCGCCGUAUGGCAACUCUACCUUCUCCGCUUCGUCCCCUGCGUUUGGCGCAACGCCAACGUCACCUCCGAUUAGCUAUGCCAUGGCAACAGAAGCUGGAGAGGGAGGGAUGUAUACAGUCGAUGACAACUGGGAGACGUAUGAGCAUGGAGUACACCGAUAUUCGGCUUAUGCACCGACGGAAGCAUCGACACAGUUGGGCGAGCGUAGCCCGCCUCCUCCAUACGUACCUUGA